CCAAUCCACGUCGCUCAAUUACGUCGUCCAUGGCGGCUGCAGUGCAGCCAUCGUACGAAAUGCUAAUUCGCGAAAAAAAUUAAUUUUGUAUGAAUCCAAAUAAGCAUGGCUAAAACUCUACCUCUUCGAACGAUAGAAGAGAUUAAAAAACAAAGAUUUAAAGACGAAGGUGUCGUAACAAUAACUUCCGUCGAACAGAGUGAAGUUGAAGAAGCCGUUUACAAAAAACUGUACGAUUUAAGUUUAAGAAUAAAAGUUAACCCCAAUUUACCGGAACUCCUGCAGGAAUCCCACAAAUGUUACCUCCUAGACUGCUUAAUUUACCUUUCUUCUGGUUACCAGUCGCUGGAUGCGAGCCGCCCGUGGCUUUGCUACUGGAUUUUACACGCAUUGGCCUUGUUGGGAAUCAAAAUCGAAGAGAAACUCAAAAGUGCGGUAGCUAAAUUUUUGGGAAAGUGCCAGAGCCCUGAUGGGGGGUUUGGAGGGGGGCCUGGGCAUUUACCACAUUUAGCUGCUACGUAUGCAGCUGUCAAUGCUCUGGUGACUCUAGGAACGGAAGAGGCCUACAAUAUUAUUAAUAGAGACAAACUGCUGCAGUUCUUGUGGAGCGUGAGACAACCAGAUGGCUCCUUCUGCAUGCACCGUGAUGGUGAAAUUGAUAUUCGCGGCGUUUAUUGCGCCUUGGCGGUUGCUAGUCUUACAAAUAUAUUAUCAGAGGAGUUAGUUAGGGGCACGUUUCAGUGGAUUGUUAGUUGUCAAACUUACGAAGGUGGUUUUUCUGGAUGCCCGGGAAUGGAGGCCCAUGGUGGUUACGCUUUUUGUGGCUUAUCUGCGCUUAUUAUUUUAGGGAAAGGCCAUCUGUGUGACUUGCAAGCCUUGUUGAGAUGGACUGUCAACAGGCAGAUGAGGUUAGAGGGAGGUUUCCAAGGGCGUACAAACAAAUUAGUCGAUGGCUGCUAUUCGUUCUGGCAAGGGGCUGCUUUCCCGUUAAUUUAUACACUAUUAGCUGAAGAUGGUACUCAAGUUAAGGAUCAUUUGUUUGAUGAAAGGGCGUUGCAAGAGUAUAUCUUGACUUGUUGUCAACAUCCACAUGGGGGUUUAUUGGAUAAACCUGGCAAACAUAGGGAUAUUUAUCAUACAUCUUAUACUCUUAGUGGACUAUCAGUGGCCCAACAUUUUAUGAAUGAUGUACAUAUUUUGGGGGAUGAAGAGAAUGAAGUGGAAUGUACUCAUCCGGUUUAUAACAUCAGACCAGACCACGUUCGAAAGGCGAUGCUUUAUUUCAGUAAUUUAGGUGCACCAAAUAACCAUAGUAAUAGUAACAGCACGUGACGGUUAUAAGAACAUGCAUGUCUUUAUACUGUAUCCAUUUAUACACGAUUAUUGCAAAAUGCAGACAUUUUGGGUA